UCAAACCUGUCCUUUGUUGACAUCUGCUUCAUCUCCACCACAAUCCCAAAGAUGCUAGUGAACAACCAGAAACAGAGCAAAGAUAUCUCCUACAUAGGAUGUCUCAGUCAGGUGUAUUUUUUUAUUGUUUUUGCUGGAAUGGACGAUUUCCUCCUGACUGUGAUGGCCUAUGACAGAUUUGUGGCCAUCUGCCACCCCCUGCACUACGUGGUCAUCAUGAACCCACGACUCUGCUGCAUCUUGGUUCUGAUGUGUUGGUUGAUCAUUUUAUCUGUUUCCCUGUUUCAUAUUCUACUGAUGGUACGACUGACUUUCUGCAUAGGCACUGAAAUUCCACACUUCUUCUGUGAACUGGCUCAGGUUCUCAAGGUGGCCUGCUCUGACACUCUCAUCAAUAAUAUCUCCUUGUAUGUGGCCACUGCCCUCCUGUGUGCAUUUCCUCUCACCGGGAUCCUCUUUUCUUACUCUCAGAUUGUCUCUUCCUUAAUGAGGAUGUCCUCUGCAGGAGGAAAAUAUAAAGCAUUUUCCACCUGUGGGUCUCACCUCUCUGCAGUCUCCUUGUUUUAUGGGACAAGCCUGGGGGUCUACCUCAGCUCUGCCGUGACCCAUUCUUCCCAGAGAAGUUCAGUCACCUCAGUGAUGUACACUGUGGUCACCCCCAUGCUGAACCCCUUCAUCUACAGCCUGAGGAAUAAGGAUGUGAAGGGGGCCCUGGGAAGGCUCCUCAAUCGAGCAACCCCUUGUGUGUGA